AAGUGAGGAUUGUGGUGGUUGAUGAGGUCGACAGUAUGCUGAAGAUGGGCUUCCAGCACCAGGUCCUAGAAGUUCUGGACCAAGUCCCUGAGGACCAUCAGACUCUGCUGACUUCGGCCACCAUCCCAAAAGGGACAGAGGAGCUGGCUGCUCGGCUGGUCCGAGACCCCGUACGUAUCGCCAUCGGCGAGAAGAACCAGCCAUGUGCCAACGUUAAGCAGAUCCUUCUCUGGGUGGAAGAGCCUUCCAAGAAGAAGAAGCUGUUUGACAUUCUCAAUGUAAGUUAUAUACAUUUGAGGGAAAUUAGUCACCAUUUUUCUUAAAAAACGAUGAUUUUU